AUGGUAAGAAGCGAUAAUGUUGUGGAAAAAAUUGAAUGGGACGAUGACACACGGGAUAGGAUUCGUGCUAUAGGAUUGAAAUUGGCGUAUGUAGCGCGUGCUGGGAUCGACGCAGAUGCUGAAGGAAGAAUAUUUGAGAUGAGAAGUCCAUCCGGACGUUAUGCCCUUGCCUUCCGAUGCGCAUCUUCAGUCGAAGCCGACUCGUGGUUUGAGGCGAUCCAUGGAUGUGUUAAUGCUUUGCUUACUCAAGCUCUAGCACAGGUCAACCUUAUGCUUGGAGGACAUCCACAAGUACGACGAAUGGGUUGGGUUUCGGAACAGAUAAGCGAAGAUGGUAUAAUAAUGUGGAAGCCAAAAUUCCUCACUCUCACUCAAAAUGAGUUGCUCUUCUAUGAGGCUGUGCCGCAACUAAAAACUGAAUGGGCGGAACCGAGGAUCACCCGACCUCUGGUAGCAACCAGAGUUGUUCAGACAACAUCGCGAACGGCGCCAGUUAUGAAAGGACUAUCUGACGUUAUUUCACUAAGGAUAAGAACUGGAACCCAAAAUGGAGUUCGCACGCACACACUGCGAGUAGAAACCCAUGCAGAUCUCGCUCAAUGGGUACGAGCAAUUGUUUUGGGGACAUAUGAGGCGUGCUCAGAAACUUCGCAGGUAACAUCUCCAUGCAUAUGGCGAGGAGAGAACUGUGAACUUGUUGUCAAUCUUGAUGUGGGAAUAUCACUUACAGGACCGAGUAGGGAGAUACUCUGGCAACACCCUUUCGAAGCUAUACGUGCAACAGGCGACGAUGGUGGCCGCUUUCUAUGGAUUGAUUUUGGUCCUCCAGCUGGUGAACAGGAGCUGGAUCUCCUCACGUCAGCAAAACCAAUAGUCUUCAUUCUGCACUCUUUCCUUGCUACAAAAGUUUAUCGACUAGGACUCUACGCUUAA